UUUUCCGCGUUUUAUUUUGUGCUUUAUACAGAUGACCUGCUGAAUCUAUUCUCCUUUCCCUCGCUCCACGUUUCGGGUGGCUUCCCCUAUACAGAGGAAAUUACCAAAUGGAGAAGAAGUUUACGUGCUUUCUCAUCAGAAUCUAUUCUACAUGCUCCAAGUAUUUUAUUACCAAAAUAAGAUUGCCAGUUGCCUACUGCCCGUGCUCUAUAGUUUAACACAUUUCUGCAAACUCGCACUAUCGCUACAAUAGAUUUUUGUUGCGAAGGGGAAGGUUGAAGGCCUAGUCUGGUUAACUAUGCACCCUUAUCUGUGUUACGUGCAAUGGUGCUUGGUUUCAUGCUGAGGCCGUGCGUCUUUUUAGAACGUUCUGUUUCUGGAAUUUUUUAAAUUUGAGUUUUUUCUUUAUUUCGUUAGUCUGAACUUUGAGUGGUGCUUUUUUCGGAAGUUAUUUAUCUGUCGAGAUUGAUUGUAUUAACGUAAAGAUGGUUUAUUUAGGUCGAUGAAUUCUGAUUUAAAAGUAUUGGUGUAGUCUCCCGUUACAUUCAAAAUGUUUAAAUUUGGUUCCAAAGCUGAAGAUGGUGCCACACCGUGUAUCUACUUUUUAUCGUAUCUAUUUCAUUCCAUUUAGUUGGCUGUUUUUUUUUUUUUUUUUCCUGACGAGCUUGAACAAUUGAGUUGGCAUGGGCAGAAUUAAUGACUGACUGCUGUACUUUUUGUAAUUAAAUGAGAUUGAUUGUCUUACUAUUUUAAUAACGCUUAUAGGAGAAGGUGAAUUUGAAAUGGUUAUUUGGAUGUGGUUCUGAUACGAUUUAUACUAACACUGACAGUUUUACCUUCCUAAUUCUUUCUAAGGCUCCGGUGAACCUGAAGGUAGUAAAUUAGAAUGGCUGCACCUAGUGAGGUUAAUGGGGAUCCAAUUCAUUGUCCUGCAAAAGUUCCGGCUAUGGCUUAUCCCUUGUCAGAGGAGUCAGCUGAGGUGGCUGCGAACAUCAAAUAUCAUUCCCAAUACAGCCCUCAUUUUUCUCCUUUUAAGUUUGAGCCAGAGCAAGCUUACUAUGCAACUGCAGAAAGUGUUCGUGAUUCAUUAAUUAAACGAUGGAAUGACACUUAUUUAUGUUUCCACAAAGUCGAUCCAAAACAAACUUACUACUUAUCCAUGGAGUACCUCCAAGGCCGAAUGCUUACUAAUGCAAUUGGCAACUUAAAUAUUCUUGAUGUUUAUGCUGAUGCCUUGCAUAAGUUGGGGAGUGAUCUCGAAAACAUUGCUGAGCAGGAAAAAGAUGCAGCUUUAGGUAAUGGAGGGUUAGGCAGACUUGCUUCUUGCUUCCUAGAUUCAAUGGCAACUUUGAAUUUGCCUGCUUGGGGUUAUGGCCUGAGAUAUAGGUAUGGACUUUUCAGGCAGCGCAUUACCAGGGAAGGCCAAGAAGAAGUGGCUGAAGAUUGGCUUGAGAAAUUCAGCCCAUGGGAAAUUGUUAGACAUGAUGUCGUCUUUCCUAUCAGAUUCUUUGGUCAUGUUGAAAUUUGCAAAGAUGGAUCUCGAAAAUGGGUUGGAGGAGAGGUGCUUCGAGCAUUAGCUUAUGAUGUACCUAUUCCUGGAUAUAAAACAAAAAAUACUAUCAGUCUUCGUCUUUGGGAAGCUAAAGCUGGGUCAGAAGAUUUUAACUUAUUCCAGUUCAAUGAAGGACGGCACGAGUCUUCACUACAUCUUCAUUCUAAAGCUCAGCAGAUAUGUGCAGUCUUAUAUCCUGGGGAUAGUAUCGAGAGUGGAAAGCUUUUACGGCUGAAACAACAAUUCUUCCUCUCCAGUGCCUCCUUGCAGGACAUUAUUUACAGGUUUAAAGAAAGAAGAGCAGGGAAUGAAUCAAUCUGUUGGAAUGAAUUUCCCAUGAAAGUUGCUGUGCAGCUUAAUGAUACUCAUCCAACUCUUGCAAUUCCUGAGUUGAUGCGUAUUUUGAUGGAUGACGAAGGACUAGGUUGGGAUGAAGCAUGGGAUAUUACCACAAAGACAAUUGCUUACACCAAUCAUACUGUACUUCCCGAAGCUCUGGAGAAGUGGCCACAGGAUGUGAUGAGAAAGCUUCUGCCUCGCCAUAUGGAGAUUAUUGAAGAGAUUGACAAACGGUUUAUGGCUUUCAUUCAUUCAAGUUGGCCUGACUUAGGGAGCGGGCUUGAGAGAAUGCGCAUCUUGGAUAGUUCUAAUCCUCACAAGCCAGUUCUUCGCAUGGCAAAUUUAUGUGUGGUGUCCUCUCAUACGGUGAAUGGUGUCGCAGAGCUACAUAGUGAGAUCCUGAAGUCAGAGUUAUUUGCAGAUUAUGUCUCCAUAUGGCCCAACAAAUUUCAAAACAAAACAAAUGGCGUUACUCCUCGGAGAUGGAUUCGCUUUUGCAAUCCUAGGUUGAGUGACAUAGUUACCAAGUGGUUGAAAACAGAUGAAUGGAUUACUAAUCUUGACCUCCUUUCAGGUCUCCGUCAAUUUGCGGAUAAUAAAGACCUGCAAGCCGAAUGGGCAUCAGCCAAGAUGGCCAACAAAAAUCGCUUAGCACACUUUGUUCUACAAGUGACAGGCGUAAGUAUUGACCCCAGCAGUUUAUUUGAUAUACAAGUCAAGAGGAUACAUGAGUACAAGCGACAGUUGCUGAAUAUUCUUGGUGCAGUAUUCAGGUAUAAGAAGUUGAAGGAGAUGAGCUCUGAAGAGCGUCAAACUGCAACACCAAGAACCAUCAUGAUUGGAGGAAAGGCUUUUGCUACAUAUACAAAUGCCAAAAGAAUAGUCAGGCUGGUGAAUGAUGUCGGUGCUAUUGUGAACAAUGACCCUGAGGUCAACAAGUAUCUGAAGGUGGUCUUUAUCCCAAAUUAUAAUGUAUCUGUGGCGGAAAUUUUAAUUCCAGGCAGUGAGCUUUCUCAGCACAUAAGUACAGCUGGGAUGGAAGCAAGUGGCACUAGCAACAUGAAAUUUGCUCUUAAUGGGUGCCUCAUAAUUGGGACUUUGGAUGGUGCAAACGUGGAGAUCAGAGAAGAAAUUGGGGUGGAGAAUUUCUUUCUGUUUGGUGCUAAAGCUGAGGAUGUUGCCAAAUUGCGCAGAGAGAGGGAAGAUGGCCUGUUCAAGCCAGAUCCACGAUUUGAAGAGGCAAAACAGUUUAUAAGGAGCGGUGCAUUUGGGACCUAUGACUAUGGCCCGCUUGUUGAUUCCUUAGAGGGGAAUUCUGGCUAUGGUCGUGGUGAUUAUUUCCUUGUUGGUCAUGACUUCCCAAGCUAUGUUGAUGCUCAAGCGAGGGUGGAUGAAGCAUACAAGGACCGCAGAAGGUGGUUGAAGAUGUCCAUCCUGAGCACUGCAGGUUGCGGCAAAUUUAGCAGCGACCGAACAAUAUCCCAGUAUGCAAAGGAAAUAUGGAACAUUGAUCACUGCACCGUGCCAUAAUCGGGAAGCUUAUGGUUGCAAAAUGAUGGUCUAGCUACGGCCACUUGAAAGACAUCUUAAGAUAUAAAAUGAAAGUGGAUCGUUGCCAUGCUAGUCGCAGCACGCGUCCUUCUCUUUCAAUUGUCAUAUCAACAUGGGAAUACGUUAAUACAGUUAUACAACAAUAAGUGGCAGGGGUUCCUGUUACAGUAGAAGAGCUACUGAGUGCUAUUAUUUGGUUUAAAGGGUUUUCUUUCAUUUUGGUGUGUUCUUAGUGUUGCACUUGAUAGCCUGAAACCUGCAUAAAAGGUAUGUUUUGAGAGAUCUUCAAUUUAAACAAACUAAGGAUCUUAAUAGUA